AUUCAGAACCAAAAUAAGUUGUCUUUCUCUGUAAUCUUCUUUUGUUUGGUUUAUGUAGAGCUUGCUCCCCGAUGAAAAUGGAGAAAAGAUAAUAGUAGAAGACCAUAGCAACAACAGAAGAAGAAGAAGAAGUAGAAGAAGGAAGUUGUGAAGUCUAACCUCACUCUCUCUUCUACCACCGUUACCACAUUCAUUCACUCCCUCAUUCCUUAACCCUAGCCCUAACUCUAACCGCCAUUUCUCUUAUCUCGUUUUAUAACCUUUAUUUUAAUCAUCAGUAGCAAAGAAGAACAAGAACAAGAACAAGAAAAUGUUCUACUCGCAUACGUUCUUGGCUCGGAAGGGACCGUUGGGAACGGUGUGGUUCGCUGCGCAUUUGCAGAACAAGCUCAAGAAAUCCCACUAUGUCGCCACUGAUAUACCCUCCACUGUUGAACGAAUCAUGUUUCCCGAGGUCCCCCUUGCACUACGAAUGUCAGGCCACCUUCUGUUGGGCAUUGUUCGAAUAUACUCGAAGAAAGUCCAGUUUCUUUACGAGGAUUGUAAUGCUGUUUGGACUAGCUUGAGGAAGGCCUUUGCCUCUCUAGACCUUAAUUUGCCAGAGGAUGCAAGGCAGGCACCUGUUCAAGCCAUCACUUUGCCCGACACGUUUGACCUCGACGCCAUGGAUUUGGAUGUUGAAUUUAACUUCGAUGGGGCAUAUGACCAUCAUCUCAAGAGUCAUGAAGAAAUCACAAUAACAGAUUAUACAAAUCAAAUUCCAAUCGAAACAGAGAUUUAUGUUACUAUAUCUUUUGAUGAGGGUAUCAAGUAUGGUUCUUCAUCCGCAGUGGAGAUUCCUCCUUCCGAUGUAGAAGCUCAAGAACAUGUUAUCCAUCAAGACAAAGCAAACGACAAUGACGCUGUUACAGGUCCAAGCAGUCAGAUUGGUGAACAAAUUACCAGCAAUGGUGACAAUGAAAUCCCUUCUAACUCUACUAGACCUGACGUUCAAAGCUAUGGUUUGCAAGAUCCUGGUUCAAUUCAUCAUGCAGAUAUGCCGACUCAUAGUGGUGACAGUUCCACUAAAGUUUCAAUUGAAAAGGGGCGAGAUGGUGUGCAUGUUAGCCCAGGAAUCCCUCCAAUAUUUUCAAGUCCUGUGCAACCACCAUCUUUUGACGAUGUAACGAAGAAGAAAGACAUUGUUCCUCCUGCGACUGAAGAUACUGCAGGUUCUGGAGGGCAGAUUUCACCCUUGCAGCAAAGUUCAGGACCACGAGCAUCGUUUGCUUCAUUACAAAUGCCAAUGAAUAUUUUAGAAGGAUCUGUUUCAUUUGCAAUUCAACCAACACCAUCAGCUCAGAAACCAAAAGUUAGAGCAAGAAAAAGAAAACAGCUUUAUGAUGAAGCCCCAGUAUUGAAAAAUAAGUUUAUGAAGAAGGCACUUGAAGAUCCUAGUGAUUUAAAGCGCAAAAGGAAGAACAUUCCAUCAUCUGCUUUGCAUAUAUGGAAGUUAAAAAACAAUUUGAGAAAGGAACAGGUUUUCCUUGAGCCGUCCAUUACUGGGUUGUGCUCUGAUCUUUGUAAUAUUUUUAACAAGGACUACAUGUCCUCAAAGCUUCAGUGUUUAGAGGAGGCUUGUCCAGAUUCUGUGGUUGCAUCUCCUGGUUCUGCAGCUAAUGCUUUCCCUGAGCCUGGGCUUGCCCAUUCUCCUGCUCCUGUUCCUGAAACUGCAACUGAUUCUUCGCCACCAAAUAGAAAUGCAGAAUUUCAAACUCCUUGUAAUGAAAAUGCACAGGAAAUUGAAGGUUCUACUCAUUUUGCAGAAAAUGACGAUGGCAAUAUUAUUCCUCCACCUAAAGUGACUACAAUAUCUAAAAGUGAUCAUGUUACUGCUUCCCCGUCUGAUACUGUAAAUUCUACCCCAUUCCCAGCGAUGGAAACUGGAAGACGAGUAUUUUCAACGCCAGAUUUUUCAGUUCCAUCCACACAUGACGAGUCUCAGCUGGACACACCUGAUGAAUAUACGGGGGAUCAGAUAGGUCUUGAAUACCCUAAUCUCUCGGAUAUACCUGAACUGAAUGCUUCGGAUGCAGAAGAGCUCUGGUUUCUGGAGGCGGACAAUAGUACACCUACAGGUUCUCAAGGAACACAAGGAAUUGACACCUUAUCUAUCAGAACUAGGGCUGUGGCACAGUUUUUAAAGAAACAAUCACCUACCACCCCAAUUUCAGAAGAUCUAUUUGGAGAUCUCAGUUUGAACAAGCUGCUACAAGGGAAGACAAGAAAGCUAUGUGCUCGAAUGUUCUUUGAAACACUGGUGUUGAAGAGCAAUGGUCUAGUAGAUGUACAACAAGAAGUACCUUACGGUGAUAUCAUCUUAAAGUUGACACCAGAAUUUUCAAAGGCUCAAAUCUAAGAUAACUCUUCUUUAUGUGCCUGCCUGGCCCUAUGUUUAGGUCAUUGAUAUAUUUCUCCUAAGAUUGCCAGAUGAGGAGACUAUGGGAAGCAAUCACAAGGUUUACUACAGAAAUCAAAUUUUGACAUAAAUGAGCCAUAGUUUAAAUGAGCCAUGGUUUGUAAUUAUUGGGUAAUUUAUCCGUUUGUUAAAGUUAACGGCCAUAUUUUGUAAUUAUUGGGUUUGUUAAUAAGAUUAAAUUACAUAGUUUGAUAUUAUUACAAGUUUAAAUUUCCUCUACAAAUAAUUGUUGGG